CAGAUGUUCCUUGUGGCUCUGUCGUUUGCCUACUUUGCCAAGGCCUUGUCUGGCAGCUACAUGAAGAGCACAAUAACCCAGCUGGAGAGGCGCUUUGACAUCCCCAGUUACCUAACAGGCGUCAUCGACGGGAGCUUUGAGAUAGGUAACCUGUUGGUGAUAGCAUUCGUGAGUUACUUUGGUGCAAAGCUGCAUCGGCCCAAGAUCAUAGCCAUGGGCUGUGUACUGAUGGCAGUGGGAACAUUCAUCAUCGCUCUGCCACACUUCCUCAUCGGACGCUAUAAGUUCGAAACGUCAAUCCGAUCGUCAGUGAAUUCAACCAAUAACCUCUCUCCAUGUCCAGCGCGUCUGUUGUCACCCGCCGCGCUAGCUUCGGGUGACCCGCUUUCUAAGGCACCAAGCACAGGGACAGGUUGUGAAGGAGAGUCCAACCUCUCCAUGUGGAUCUAUGUGUUCCUGGGGAACGUCUUACGAGGGAUUGGGGAGACUCCAGUGCAGCCCCUUGGGAUCUCGUAUAUAGAUGAUUUCGCCAGGGAGGAAAAUGCUGCAUUUUACAUUGGCUGCGUUCAGACCAUAGCAGUCAUUGGUCCUGUGUUUGGCUAUUUACUGGGAUCUCUGUGUGCCAAAAUAUAUGUGGACAUUGGAUUUGUCAACAUGGAGAGUAUCACCAUAAGCCCUGGUGAUGCUCGUUGGGUGGGGGCCUGGUGGUUAGGUUACCUUAUAGCUGGGGUGAUCACCCUGCUUUCAGCCAUCCCCUUCUGGUUCCUGCCCCGUUCCCUGCCCAUCCCGUCAGACCGAGGCCCAGCCCAGUGCACCCCGGAGCAGACUAGCUUCAUCAAAGACUCCCCUCUCCUGGAGCAUAAGUACCAAGCCGACGAGCCAGCUGGCUUUCUGGAGAUGGCCAAAGAUUUCAUACCAACGUUGAAAACCCUCCUGGGGAACCCAGUGUACUUCAUCUACCUGUGUGUGACCAUCAUUCAGCUGAACUCUCUCAUCGGCAUGGUAACCUACAAGCCCAAGUACAUAGAGCAGCAUUACGGACAGUCAGCAUCAAAAGCCAAUUUCCUGAUGGGUACAAUCAACAUCCCUGCUGUGGCGUUGGGAAUUUUUACUGGCGGCCUGCUCAUGAAGAGGCUGAAGCUGAGCAUCAUGGGAGCGGCCAAGUUUGCGUUCGGCACCUCUCUGAUAGGCUACUUCCUAUCCCUCUUCUUCUUCGUCAUGAGCUGCGAGAACGCCAAAGUGGCUGGGAUCACGCUGCCCUACAACCGGGUGGAUGGCGUAUCGUAUGAGGAGCGCUCAUUAUUCUCAGCCUGUAACUCGGACUGUGUGUGUUCAGACAGAGACUGGGACCCUGUCUGUGGAGAGAACGGCAUCACGUACGUCUCUCCCUGCCUGGCUGGCUGCCAGACCUCCACAGGAUCAGGGAAGAACACGGUGUUUUCUAACUGUAGCUGUGUGGUGGCAGCAGGGCUGAGCAGUGGUAACCUGACAGCCAGUGUAGGCCACUGCCCUCACAGAGAUGACUGUGACCGUGUCUUCCCUUACUUCCUGGCUCUCUCUGUCGUCACUUCCUUUAUCAUCUCCCUGGGUGGCACGCCAGGCUACAUGGUCCUCAUCAGGUGUAUCAAGCCUCAACUGAAGUCCUUAGCUCUGGGGUUCCAUACUCUGUCCACACGUACACUUGCGGGCAUCCCAGCGCCCAUCUACUUUGGGGCGAUCAUCGACACCACGUGUCUGAAGUGGGGCCAGAAGAGAUGCGGAGGGAGAGGAGCCUGUCGGAUAUACAACACUACAGCAUACAGGAUAGCUUACCUGGGUCUAACUAUGGGCCUGAGGACAGUUUCCUUCCUGCUGUGUAUACUGGGAUUCGUGCUGCUCAAACGACACCUGCGGAGAGAGGAACGCAGUGCCCACCAAGUGGCCAAUGGCGGAGCAGAACUGGAGGUACUCAGGAAAGAGGAAGUCCUAGCCUCCAACUCGGACCAAUCGCUACGGACUUCCACAACAGACUACAACAACACAGAGAGAGAGACACGGCUGUGACAGUCUGAGACUAUCUCCCCUGAUCCCUCACGUUACACACACACGCGAGAUGUGCAGGAACCAACAACGCUCUGCGCCAGACCAUCUCAUAGAACAUAAAUUAUAUAUUUGUACUAGACCUGUCUAGGUUAUGUAUAUUUAAAAAAAAUAACAUCUUUUUGAUAUAACUGAUGUACUUCAUGGAUGUACCUGCUGUAUUUUACAAAAACACAAAUGUAACAACAAAGAAUUUCAUAUUUGUUUUUUUUUUACAAAGAAAGCAUUUGAUUGGAUUUGUUAUCCAUUGGUUAAUUGUUUUUACUGCAGCGAGAGUCCAGUUUCGGUCACUGAGUAUUUUUGUAACAACUCUCAAGGUAGUCUACAUUAUAAUAUUGUUAGACAGCCUCAAUCUGUUGAAAGAGAAUGUCAGACAUUCUGUGUUUAUCUACUGUAAACAUUGCCAAAAUAUGAUCUCAAUAGCCCUGUUUAUACCUGGUUCUAACAUGCAUCCUUCAUCCUGAUCUUGUCCGUUUACACUUAUGCACAGCAAAUUGGUCAGUGUUACCUAGUGUUGAUAUUUCAGUUUAACAUUUGUAGCAUUGAUUCAGGUGUUAAACUAACUCUGCAAGUGUUAAAUUAACACUCUGGUGUAAAAGAACCCCACUGUUGGUGUUAAUAACCAGUGUUAAACCAAAACCACACCCAUCAUUAUA